AUGGCUGGAGAUACCUCCAGCGUUCCCGGUUCCGAAAAUCAGCACCAAGGCCUUCCUUUCCGUCCUGCCAUGGGUCAUGCCUCCGUCGAUUCAUCUGCCCCGCCUCCGGAGAAAGCUGUGAAUGCCAAGUCGAAGAAGCCCGAAUCCACAGCCGAAGAGCCUCUACCGGAUUUCAUUGUAGAGCGGAAUAAGCUGUUUGAGGAGCUGAAGCGAAAACAUGACGAAGAAUUAAAACAUAAACCCCGCUUCGAUAUCAAUAUCACUGUUGACGUUGGCGACUCUCACCCUUCCACAGUCAUUGGCAGAGCGUGGGAGACCACUCCAGGCUCGUUUCUACGUGAUAUACCCAAGGAGAUUAGUUCUACUGUGGUGGUUGCAAAGUUGGAUGACAAAGAACUUUGGGAUUUGGACAGGCCGUUGGAAAGGGAUUGCAGGGUGUCUUUCCUCCCUUUUGACUCUUCAGAAGGGAGGGAGGUUUUCUGGCAUUCUAGCGCCCACGUACUGGGAGAGGCAUGUGAGUGCUAUUACGGCUGUUUGCUUUCACAUGGCCCGCCGACCCCUCAGGGAUUUUUUUAUGAUAUGGCCUUGGAGCCAGGUCAUGUUGUGAAAGAAUCCGACUGGCCGGCGCUUGAUUCAAAAUCAGUCCGUAUUUUCAAGGAAAAGCAGCCUUUUGAUAGACUCGAAGUCUCCAAAGAGAACCUGAAAAAAAUGUUCGCCUACAGCAAAUUCAAAUUGCACUAUAUCAAUAAUCUCGUUGAAGGGGAGAGCAGCACAGUAUAUCGAUGUGGUACUUUGGUCGACCUUUGCAGAGGUCCUCACAUCCAAAAUACUGGAAAAAUUAAGGUCAUGAAGAUCAUGCAGAACUCUGCGGCCUAUUUCUUAGGUGAUCAAUCUAACGACACUCUGCAACGGAUACGUGGCGUCGCCUUUCCCGACAAGAAGCAAAUGCAGGAGCAUCUGAAAUUCCUCGAGGAAGCAGAAAAGCGGAAUCAUCUGAGAAUCGGCAAGGAACAGGAUUUAUUUUUCUUUGACGAAGUUUCUCCCGGAUGCCCCUUUUUGCUUCCCAAUGGCACGAAAAUUAUCAACGCCUUGCAGUCCCUUCUCCGAGCUGAGUAUCGUAAGCGCGGUUAUCAGGAAGUUCAAUCUCCAAACAUGUAUGAUGUUGGAAUCUGGCGCCAAUCCGGACAUUGGGCUCAUUACAAGGACGACAUGUUCAAGCUUGAUGUUGAGAAGAGAGAAUGGGCAUUGAAGCCUAUGAAUUGCCCAGGACAUGCAGUCAUGUUCGGUCACAGAGAGCGGAGUUACCGAGAGCUGCCUCUUCGGAUAGCAGAUUUCGGUGUGUUGCAUCGAAAUGAAGCGUCUGGUGCACUCCACGGACUGACGAGGGUGCGAAAAUUCCAGCAGGAUGAUACCCAUAUAUUCUGCACUGAGGAUCAGAUCAUGCAAGAGAUCGAUGGCCUAUUUGAUUUCUUGCGUUCCGUGUACGGAUUGUUUGGUUUCAGCUUCAAAUUGAAACUGUCUACCAGACCCGAAAAAUACAUGGGAAAGCUCGAAACCUGGAAUUACGCUGAAGAGCAAUUGCGUGCCGCCCUGACUAAAUUCAAAGGCAAUGACUGGGAGGUUGACGAGGGUGAUGGCGCCUUCUACGGGCCGAAAAUUGACAUCACUAUCCAAGAUGCAUUGAAGAGAGAGUUCCAGUGCGCCACCAUCCAACUGGACUAUCAAAUGCCAGUGAAUUUCAAGCUCGAGUACAUGACUGGCGAGACGGGAGCCAAGGCGAAGCCCGCAGACAAAACUACGGAAGAUGCUGCCAACCCAGAUGCUCCAUCCACCAGUAGCAAUGAGCCAGGCCCAGGCCGUGCUCGUCCGGUUGUCAUCCACAGAGCUAUUAUCGGGAGCUUCGAGCGGUUCUUAGGCAUUAUCAUCGAACAUUUCGGUGGUAAGUGGCCGUUCUGGUUGAGCCCGCGGCAAAUCUUGAUUGUACCUGUGAUGCCCGCCGUCAACGAUUAUGUGGAGGAGCUACGGGAGAUCCUCCGAGGGGAUAAAUUGAACGUUGACAUUGAUAUCAGUGGCAACACAAUGCAAAAGAAAAUUCGCAGUGGACAGAUUGCGCAGUAUAACUUUAUCUUCGUCGUGGGCGCACAGGAGAAGGCAACCCGUACCGUGAACAUUCGUAACCGCGAUGAUCCUAGUUCUCAAGUCAAAGGCAGUCUCGUUCCACUCGAAGAAGCUCGUGUCAAACUGCGUGCUCUCCGCAAGGAGCGUCGCCUUGUCAACGCACUUUAG